UCCAACCCCGCGAAAUGAACAGAUUUUGGGCUUUCACUUCCUCCUCCCCCUGCCUAAGGCGAACUCUGCACGAUAUCCGGUUAAAGGGACGCGGAAAAUUUCGGCAAUUGUAGGGUUUUCUUCAUCUGGCAGCACGAUGCAGGCGGCACGUGCAGGAGCUCGUCUCUUCCGGCCGGCGUGUAACCUUGCACGCGCCGGCGGGGCAGUAGGGGGGCGUGCCGCCCAGCCGAGCAGUAGGGUCUUCUCGGUAGCGGCGUACGCUUCUCCUGCGACGUUCUUGGAGAAGACGGAGGUCGUGGAUCGAGUCAAUGGGCUUAUCAGAUCCAUCCCUUUCAUUGAUCCCGCGAAGGUGACUCCAACAGCCAAUUUGGAAAAGGAUUUGCAGUUGGACAUGUUGGACACUGUAGAAGUUAUGAUAGCUGUGGAAGAAGAAUUUGCCAUAGACAUACCAAACAGUGAAGCUGACAAAAUUUCUACUGUUUCUCAGCUCAUUGACUACAUUGCAUCUCAUCCACAGGCCAAAUAGGGGCCACUUUCAGUGGAGAACCUUUAGUUUGUCAAGAUGAACACUUCAUUCUGCCCUUCGCAAUGCCAUUCAACUAUUUGUAAUAAAUUCUCACUGUUCUGGUCCACAAAAAGAACCAUGUCAGUCUUUGGUUUGAAUCUUCUUGAAUGGGAUGGUAAAUGAAUUCACCUCUUCUAGAAAAAAAGAAGAAGGAAAAAUAGCAGACAUUGUUUUUCUUUUCGUAA